CUGAGUAACAAUUCUGUGUCCCUGAGUAACAAUUCUGUGUCCCUCAGUAACGAUUCUGUGUCCCUCAGUAACAAUUCUGUGUCCCUGAGUAACGAUUCUGUGUCCCUGAGUAACAAUUCUGUGUCCCUGAGUAACGAUUCUGUGUCCCUCAGUAACAAUUCUGUGUCCCUGAGUAACAAUUCUGUGUCCCUGAGUAACAAUUCUGUGUCCCUGAGUAACGAUUCUGUGUCCCUGAGUAACGAUUCUGUGUCCCUGAGUAACAAUUCUGUGUCCCUGAGUAACAAUUCUGUGUCUGUCCCUGAGUAACAAUUCUGUGUCCCUGAGUAACGAUUCUGUGUCCCUGAGUAACAAUUCUGUGUCCCUGAGUAACGAUUCUGUGUCCCUGAGUAACGAUUC